AAAAUUUUAAAAAAUAUGUUGGCUAUAUCAUAUCGUGCGAGAUGAUAUUUAACGCAGUGAUUUUAAUGGAAAGAAUGAUUGUCUUUAGACUGUUUUGAUAGAAAGAAUUCAAAAUCAAAUAAGAAUUCAAUCGUGAACUUAAAGGAUGUUGUUUGAAAGUUCCAUGGCAACGAGGAAAUGCGUUUACGGCUGAAAUCCCACGAGACUCAAACAGGGGUUUAAGCACCACAGUAACAGCAAUGUUAUACUUAGUCUUAACGUGCUCAAAGGAUCUACAGUUUUAAUCAUAAAAUUCUGUCUGAUCGAAUGAACGAAAUUUUCCUCCGAAACACUCCAUAAUCACUGUACGGCUUUGGGACAGAUUAGUAACUAUGUGUCCUGAGUACGGUCAAAUACCACCCAGAGUGCUGUAUCACAUCCUUACCACGCUAUAUAAACAUUGCGGAACCAAGUGCUGAGGCAGAUCCACACGAAGUUUUCGGCCGGUAUUUGUGGAAAAGUUUCCACCCUAAGAAAAACAGCAACAACAGGAGGCCAUGGCCAUGGUGGUCCCACUUCUUCUUCUGCUGGUUGUGACCGGCUGCCUGGCCGCUCCCUUUGACCUGAUGACUAAAGAUGAUGAUCAGUUCCAGAAAGUCGAGAAGAUUCUUGAUGAGCGAAUCGGAGAAAUCUCAGCCAGCACGACCAGGCUAGGAAACCAAAUGGAGAACAUGAAGAACAAGAUGAGAAACCUGGAGAAGGAGAUGGAAGAUCUGAAGAAACAGGUGAAAGGAAAAGAUGGCUUGAAAGGCCAGAACACAAGCAUGGGUGGCAGACCAUCGUCUCGGCAGAAUCCACCACCGCCGCCACCACCACGUGCACCACACGGCGGAAGGGACUCCCUGGCACAGGUCCCCAUUUUUGGAAGGAACUCCCGUCCUGGUCCUGGGUACCCACCAAGGCAGGGGGCCGGGGACAUGCGGGGUGGUAACAAUGAACAGCAGUCAGAUGGUUCCCCUGUCACAAAAGGGUUAAACUUUUUCUCGAGUUUUUUCCCUAGUUUGUUUGGUGGAUGAGCUGUCAGUCAAUCGAUCUUGACCGCCAAAUGAAACAAGAAUAAACGUGUCUGGUAACAUGAAGGCUAUGCUGUAGGAAAAGAAAAAAAAUCACUGCAGUAAAUUCUAAUCACGUUCGUUUUCUUCAUUUUGUGUGUGUACGUGUGUGCGUCUGUGUGUUCGUAUGUAUGUGUGUG